AUCAACUUUCUCCUUCAAACAUGACUUCUUUAAAGCUUUUCUUAGGUUUCUUUCUCCAGUUCAUCUUUCUCCUUUCUGUCGUCAAUGCGCAGGGAUUGACAGUAGGGUUUUACUCACAGACAUGUCCGCAAGCUGAGGCCAUUGUAAAAAAUGUUAGCGCUCAAGUCAUGUCGGUAGCACCAAGUCUCGGUGCCCCUUUGAUGAGAAUGCAUUUCCAUGACUGUUUUGUUAGAGGCUGUGAUGGUUCAGUGUUGUUAAACUCAUCAACCAAUCAAGCUGAAAAGGAUGCGGCUCCAAAUCUAAGCCUUCGAGGAUUCCAAAUUAUUGAUAGAGUGAAAUCUGCGUUGGAAAAUGCCUGUCCUGGUGUGGUUUCAUGUGCUGACAUCUUGGCUCUAGUUGCUAGGGAUGUUGUGGUUGCGCUCGACGGACCUUCAUGGAAAGUCGAAACUGGACGAAGAGAUGGAAGUGUGUCGAAUAUUACAGAGGCCUUGACAAACCUUCUGCCACCAAGCUCGAAUAUAACUCAAUUGAUAACAGGAUUUCAGCAAAAGGGUCUAAGCGUAAAAGAUUUAGUGGUUCUAUCGGGUGGACAUACCGUUGGGACUUCUCACUGCUCAGCCUUCACCAAUCGGCUUUACAACUUUACUGGAAACGGCGAUACUGAUCCUUCAUUAGAUCCCAACUACAUUGCUCGGUUGAAGAUCAAAUGCCCGCAAGGAGAUCAAAAUACUCUAGUAGAGAUGGACCCUGGAAGCUUCAGGACAUUUGAUGAAGACUAUUUUACACUUGUUAACAAAAGAAGAGGUCUGUUCCAAUCAGAUGCAGCUCUUCUUAACAACAAUGAGACUAGAGCUUAUGUUAUAAGCCAACUCUCAAACAGUAGUUCUACUUUCUUUACAGACUUUGGAGUUUCCAUGGUGAACAUGGGUAGAAUUGGCGUUCUUACUGGAACGGCUGGUGAAAUUAGGAAAGUUUGCGCUCUGGUUAACUAAGCAAACUUUGUGCUGGUUCAGAGAAAAUAAAGUGUAUGGCUUGUGUUGGUUUAACAUUGAGCUUCAAAUUCAUUAAUUAUUAAUUAAUAAGUUUGUUGUGUCUUGGAAUUUUAGCCGCUUGAUGAAGGCAUUUUCAAAAUAAGUUAGUAGUGCUAGUGUUUACUGAAUUAUUUGCUCUUUUUCGAUGAUAAUAAUUGCAAGAUAUGUCAUGAAUAUAUAACAGUUCCAGAAGUUUGAGAAUUAA